UCCAUUGGAAAUGUGCUGAGCUUUGGGCACUUUGGUGGAGUCUUCAUGCCUUUUAUGGAACAUAAACAGCGAUGGAGGCCGAGGCUGCGUACGAUUGUUGGAGUAAUUUUAUACAUGUAUUGUGAAUCUGAGGACAACUGAGAGGAGGAGUUACGACAGCCAUGCCAGUACUGGAGGUGAUCUGUAGCCUGAUUGGCUGGUUCUGUCUCUACUUGUUGUUCUGCUGUACCUUCACUCAGCGAGGGCCUGAGUGGAACUGUCGACUGGUCACUUUGUCCCACGGGGUCCUCAUAGUGCUGCUGACAGCAUAUGUCGUCUUCAUAGAAGGACCCUGGCCCCUCACACAUGCAGGUACAGAAAACACUGAGCUCCAGACCCUCGCGCUGGCCAUCUGCCUCGGCUACUUCUUCUUUGACAUGGGCUGGUGUGUAUGCAGCGGCAGCGAGGGUCCUGUCAUGCUGGCGCACCACGCGGGGAGCAUCGUGGGCAUCCUGCUGGCUCUGCUCAUGGGAGUGUCAGGCUGCGAGACCUGUGGAGUUAUCUUCGGCAGCGAGAUCACCAACCCCCUGCUGCAGACCCGCUGGUUCCUCCGCCAGCUGGGCUUGUAUGACAGCCUGCUGGGCGAUGCAGUGGACCUACUUUUUAUUGUAUUAUUUGCCACUGUGCGCGUGGGAGUCGGCGCCGUGAUGUUUUACUAUGAGCUCACCUCUCCCAGGACCACACUCAUAAUGAAGCUCGGCGGUGUGGCUAUGUACGGACUGGCCUGGGUGUUCAUGGUGGACAUAGCCAGAUUUGGCUACAAGAAAAGUAGGGCUAAGUAUAAAAGGUGGCUAGAAAACCACAAGCUCAAAGAAAUCAACACACAAAAAAUGGAUGGACUUUCAGACAAGAGCGAUUAAAGGAAUUCAUCUUGAACAUAGGUAAACUCAAAAGUUCUUGCAGGGACAAGGGAGUACAAUGCUUGUUUGCUUACAUUGUAUUGCUUUAUGGCACAACAGAAACAGGUGAUUGUACUUUGAGUGCACUGAGUAGAGACACUAUGGGUAGUAUUUAAACUUAAAAUCAAUACAAUUGCUCUGCAGGGAUCAUGUUUUUACAGCCAGAGGCACAACAAUAAAAUGGCUGCUUGGUAUCCAAAAUAGUUUGACAAACAAGUUCUCCCACAUCACUGCAGACUUGAUGAAAUAAGAGUUUUUUUAAAAGUUGUAUAUAGUAUGGAUUUGGGACGCAGCUAUGAUCUCUAACAAUAAGCCCUUUUCACAGAAGAUAUUUUGACAUUGUCACAGUGGGAAAAGCACAGGUGUUAUGCG